AACGCGAGUCACGCGAUUGAAGUAAAUUACUGCUAGGCCAGAAAUUACGACGAAAUGAGCUCGCAAAGGUUGGACUCCUUUCGACUGUUGUUGAACGAUAUAAGCCAUGAGCUCACUGAGAAAAACCUACAGAGUCUCUUGCAUAUUUCUGGAGUCCCUGAUGGCGUGAGGGAAAACAUUAAAGACGGACUGACUUUAUUUAGGCACAUGAUCACGCAUGAUCAAAUCAGCCACGAGAAAAUCGAUCAUUUACGCGAUUUGAUUCGCCAAAUAAGACCCCGUAGACGGGACUUGGUCAAGAAGGUGGACAAUUACAUCAAAAAGGAAUUCGAAACGGACGAUGUUCGCACGGUUGUUGGUGAUUUCAUAGCUUCUACUGAGGUACAGGAGAGCGGAAGUCCUGCAUUCUCCGCAAGCCAUGAGACAGCUGUGUCACCCGUGUGUACGAUUGACUGUGCGUAUAUGAACUGCACGUGUCGACGAGUUCCCUCGUGUUACACACCGAUUAUAGUGUUGCUUGUUUCAGCCACGAUACUCACAGCGGUAUUUUGGUAUGCAGAUGUACCGGGAGUCAGCGAUAAUAUCAAAUCGAAUUCGAAUCUCAAAAGGGCAGGAUUGUAUAUCAUUAUCGCAGAGAUUGGUUUACUUCUGGCUGUUAUUGGCAUUCGCAUGCAGGCGAGAAUAUCCCGUUGUCUCGUUUGCCGAAAUACUGGCUACGAUUCGUUGGAAAAUCAACGUUCCCAGAAUAGUAUGGCAAGACGAAUGGUUGAAACUGCUGACUUGCCGAUGGUACAAAGCCCUCCAAGACAGCAUAAGGUCAGCGAGAGCACGGAAAGCGCAGUAUUCAGCAGUUGUUCAUGCGAUGGAGCUAGUGUGUCCACAUUUGGUACAAUGUCGAGAAAUGAAUCAGAGACAGUUUAAUUUAAGUAACUUCAGUUAACUCUGAAAAUUAAGCCUGACCAUUUUGAUUGGCUAAUUCUUUCCAUAUAGAACUAUAGUUCAUGUAUAGUCCAUAUCCCAUCAACCCCCAUCUACCAACCUCUCAUGGUUGCCCAUGGACUUCAAAGAGCGCGCCAUGAACGCAGAAUUGUUCUACACAGUUUUGCACUUUAACUAUGUUACUAUUGUACUAUUAUAGCAUUAGUAUUAUACACUUUUAUCGUACUUAAACAUUACUCAUUAGUGAGUUUAUACUGUCAUUGAUUAUUGUGAGA